AUGUCUCUAACUUUCUCCUCCUCCGCCUCCAGUCCUGUCGCGAGCAGCAACAUCGCCCUUUACUCUAGCGUCACACCAGAGCAACCACAAUGCCCACGCACGCGUCACAUCCUUAGCGGCACAUUCAACACUCCCCACCUGCAUCUCUUGCGUUUCGACACGCUCACUCGGGCACUGACUCUGGUGCAUCAAAUCUCAUCCAGCAGCAGCAGCAGCAGCAGCGUGUCACCUUCUUUCUCCUCAUCCACAGCCACGUCCCCACAUGCUCAUAUACCAGAAGGAGCCAUACAGGCCAAAGGUCCUCAUCAGUUCCUCGCAUUGGGCAAAAGCAUCGGCUCUGUCGGGACGUGCGACGCAUAUGCCGGCCCGGGUCCUUCGACUCGCAUCGAAGCGCAGCAAUCGCGUCCCAACAGGGUGUAUGCUACUACGUGGGCUUUGAAGCCCGAGCUCAGCGCUUGGGAGAUACGCUGGGAUGGGAAGGCGCAGAGUGAGAGCGAAAGACGGGGCAUGGACGCGGGUUUCGGUGCAGCGGAUCCCUUGGUGCACUUCAUCAACAGCGUGCCCAUCACCGCAACAUCCUCCUACGUCUCUGUUCAACCUCCGCCUUUCUACUCGCUCACUUCCCCCUCUUACGCCCACGCUGAAUGCGGCGCUUCAAGUCGAUACCUAUACUCUGCGGGAGGCCCGAGUGGUGAAGUGCACAAGUUGAACGAGGAUGGAAGUAUCGCUUCAAAAGUUCAAGAAGUCGUCUUUCUUGCUGAGGGACAAGAAGGGCUAGUGUCAGCCGACAAGACCCGCAAAGCUCUGCGCUACGGCGCACACAGUGUCGACUUCAGUCCAGACUCUACCAGAGCAUACGUGGCGGAUCUGGGUCGCAAUUCCAUUUUGGUCUAUUCGGUGAACCCAAAUACUGGCAUGCUGGAUGAAGUGGUGGACGAGGUUCGCGCGUUCGAUGAAGGAGAUGGUCCAAGACACGUCAUACCUUCGCCCGAUGGCAAGUGGAUAGCUAGUGUGACGGAGCACA